GCCGUCUUUUUAAGCACUGAAAACUUAAUGCACUACAUGAUAAGACUAACGAUAAGUUUCUCAUGUCUUUAAAAUCGUCAGUUUUUCUGAUAAGAAAGUCUUUGUCACUACAAUGGCGGCUAAGUUACGUUCAAUUGGAUUGUGUCUCACGAUCUGUGUUUUCCUACAAUCGUUAUGCACUAACGGACAUUCCCAUAUAUCAAGAGUAUGCCUGGACUGCAAGCAUAUCUCUGAUCCGGCGUCAUGUACAACACACACCACAUGUGGUAAUGAGUUGUGUAAAACCGAUGUUCACUUUUUAAACGGAAGCUACUCGUUUUCUUUUGGCUGUAAUUCACUACACGAAGCAGAUUGCCCAGAAGUACAUGUUCCAAUUUCUUCAAUACAUGUGAUAGGGAAGAGAGGCAGACAUUCCCAUGAGGAGGGUCAACUUGUAUGCCAUGAAUGUUGUAGUGCGGGUACUAGUUGUAAUAAAGACGGUUGCUCAAACUACCGCCUCGUUCCGACGACGACGACAACAACCACAACAAGAACGACGACGACACCAAAGCCAGUGAAUUAUGAUCCUGACUGUCAUGACACGGAAAGUGAAUCAUUCAAAUGUGCCGAAUUAACAAAAUUCAACUUCUGCACCGAUCCAUCGUCUCUGGCACACACUUUAGCAUAUGAAAAAUGUCCACUGUUUUGCGGAUUCUGCCAUCCAAGUUGGGAAACUACUAGAGCACCACUCACUACAGUUAAACCAAUGGUCACAGAUGCAGCCGGUCUAUGUUCGGAUAACGAGGUGCAGGGAUUUAGUUGUGUAGAAUGGAAAGGAUUCGGGUUCUGUUCAAGCACAUCCGGAAGUGGAUAUAGCAUUGCAAAAGAAAGGUGUCAGAAAACGUGCGGAUUCUGUAAUUAAUUCAACAGGAUCAUCAUUUGAUGUCAGCCGAGUUAAAACUUUACAUUGUCAAAUAAACAUUUUGAAUAAAAAUCUAAUGUUUAAA